AUGGGGAUUUGCUCUGUUUUUUUUGUUUUCCCUUGUCGAGAGAAGAUCAACUGGGACGAGGCUAUUAUUAACACUUACGACUCGGCCGUGAAGGGCCUGAAAACAAAUUACUAUGCCGCAAAAGAAAUGACCGAAACGUUCUUGCCUCUGCUUCAGUUGUCUGAUUCGCCCAGGAUUGUUAACAUUACCUCUUCAACAGGCAGCCUCCAGAAUGUGAAGAACGAGUGGGCUAGAGGAGUACUGGGUGACGCUGAGCAUCUGAGCGAGGAAAGAGUGGAACAAGUGCUCAACCGGUUUCUGAAAGAUUUCAAGGACGGUUUGUUGGACACCAAGAAACAUAAAUGGACUACUGCUUACUCCCCUUGUUAUGUUCUGUCAAAAGCAUCUCUGAGUGCAUAUACGAGGAUCAUAGCCAAGAGGUACCCAACUUUCUGCGUCAAUUGUGUGUGCCCUGGGUAUGUGAAGACACAAGGAACCUUCAACUUGGGUAAAUAUACCCCUGAAGAAGCGGCCGGAGCAGCAGUGAGAUUGGCAUUGCUGCCUGACGACGGGCCUUCUGGCCGCUACUUUAGUAUGAUGGAGGAGGCAAGCUUUUGA